CUCGUCCCACACUGACUUCUCUCCCGCUGCCUCUCCAGCCGCACUUCCCGCCCUCGCCCAGAUUUACCGCCGCCCGUGCUCCUCCCGCGCUCUGCUACCCAGGGCCCCGUUUUCCCAGCCCGGCCGGGCCCCGCCGCCCUUCGCUGUCGCCUCCACAGCCUCGCCUGCGCCUUCGCCUCGCCCAGGACUCGGUGAGCUGCGCGCCCCGUGGUCGCCCCAGCCCCCUGGCCCCUGAGAGCCAGCGCUCCCCGCAGACGCCGAAGCGCCGCGUCCCCGCCGCCACCACGGCCAACUCGGGUGCCACGCGCCGCCGCAGCCGCCGCCGCGCCGCAGCCGCCACUCCUCGCCCGCCACCGCCCACCAUGGCCCCGCAGCAAACAGGUAGUAGGAAGCGGAAAGCGGCCGAGCUCGAGGCGGGCGGCGCCGGCUCCUCUUCGCAGGGCGCGGCGGCGGCCGACCGGGAGGGUCCGCUGCUGCCCAAGAAGCAGAGGCGGCCGACGCCGCGGCGCUCGCUGGUGCACUACCUCAAGGGCCGCGAGGUGGGCGUGCGGGGCUGCGCGGGGCUGCCGGGCAUCGAGGGCGAGCUGCGCGGCUACGCGGUGCACAGGCUGCCGGAGCUGCUGAGGGAACGCGAGCUGGCGCUGGGCACCUUCAACAAGGUGUUCGCGUCGCAGUGGCUGAACGCCAGGCAGGUGGUUUGCGGUACCAAGUGCAACACGCUCUUCGUGGUGGACGUUCACUCGGGCCAGAUCACGCGCAUCCCUCUGAUGCGGGACCGCGGGCCCGGGCCCACCCGCAGGGCCCAGACAGACUGCGGCAUCCACGCCAUCCAGCUGAACCCCUCCAAGACGCUGCUGGCCACCGGGGGCGAGAACCCCAACAGCCUGGCCAUCUACCAGCUGCCCACCCUGGAUCCCGUGUGCCUGGGCGACCGCCAGGGCCACAAGGACUGGAUCUUCACCAUCGCCUGGAUGAGCGACACCGUGGCCGUGAGCGGCUCCCGCGAUGGCACCGUGGCUCUCUGGCGGGUGGACCCAGACAUGUUCAAUGGCAACAUUGCCUGGCACAAUGAUGCGGGGCUCCCGAUGUAUGCCCACAUCCGGCCCAGGGACAUGGAGGCCAUCCCCAGGGCCAGCACCAACCCCAGUAACCGCAAGGUGCGGGCUCUGGCUUUCAGUGGCAAGAACCAGGAGCUGGGAGCAGUGUCCCUGGAUGGAUACUUCCACCUGUGGAAAGCCCGGAGCACCCUGUCCAGGCUCCUCUCAGUCAGGCUGCCCUACUGCCGAGAGAAUGUGUGCCUGACCUACUGCGAUGAGCUAUCCCUUUAUGCUGUAGGCUCCCAGUCUCAUGUCUCUUUCCUGGAUCCCAGACAGCGCCAGCAGAACAUUAGGCCUCUGUGCUCCAGAGAGGGAGGCACAGGCGUGCGUUCACUGAGCUUCUACCAGCAAAUCAUCACUGUGGGCACAGGCCAUGGAUCCCUGCUCUUUUAUGACAUCCGUGCCCAGAAGUUCCUGCAGGAGAGUGCCUCUGGCAGCUGGAACACUAUGCCUGGACCAGCAGGGAGGAAGCUCAAGCUCACCUGUGGCAGAGGCUGGAUUAAUCAAGAUGAUCUCUGGGUGAACUACUUUGGUGGUGUCGCAGAGUUCCCCAAUGCGCUCUAUACCCACUGCUACAACUGGCCUGAGAUGAAGCUUUUCGUGGCAGGGGGGCCUCUCCCUUCAGGCCUCCAUGGGAACUAUGCAGGCCUCUGGAGCUAAGGAUAGCCCUGUGUUCUCAAAGUGCCCAGAUUUUCUUUCCAUAUCCUUUCCCCUUUCCUUCUCCACUCUGUGCUUUGGACCAUGGCUUCUGUUGUCCAGUGGAACCUGUCCAAAUUAUCUAUGCUUGGUGUAUAUUUAGUAGAAAGUGAGACAAACUAGAGAAUGGGCUAGUGAGAGCUAAAGUGAUCUCUUUGGGGCAAUCAAAACUU